AGGAGGAGGAGGAGGAGGAGGGAGUGAGAGAGGGAGGGGAGGUGAGGGGAGGAGAGGAGGGGUGGGGGGCAGGAAAAACACUAAAGGGGUAGCUAUGGAGAUGGAGCGUUUUCCUGGCUGCUUUCUUUGACAGGUGUUGAGUGGGACAAAAGUCUUAAAACAGAAUCCAGCAUGUACGCCAAAGGUAAAGGAGCCGUCGUCCCUUCCGACAGCCAAGCGAGAGAAAAGUUAGCUUUAUACGUGUACGAGUAUUUGCUGCAUGUCGGCGCACAGAAAUCCGCACAGACCUUCCUAUCAGAGAUCCGAUGGGAGAAGAACAUCACACUCGGGGAGCCACCAGGAUUUUUACAUUCAUGGUGGUGUGUAUUCUGGGAUCUGUACUGCGCUGCCCCGGACCGGAGGGAGACAUGCGAACAUUCCAGCGAGGCCAAGGCUUUCCAUGACUAUGUUCAGGUGGUGAGGGCAGAGGCAGCCUGGUGA